UCAGUGCACUGUCUGAUGCACGUAGCCACUAUAAAUUUACCGGUAUUGCCCGUGACUAAUGUAUUUUCAGACGUGCUCAGCAGAACAACAUAUACUUUGAUUAGACAGAAAGCAGUUUUUAAAAAUGAUUGUAGAAGCUAUGCAAAGCCUAAACUUGACUUUGGAGGACGGAUUAAUAGAGCCACAAUGCUUAGUUAGCAGCACAAAAUGGACGAACAUAGUCCUGAUCACAGUCAUGUUCAUUUCGGGGCUCAUUAACUUGAUCGUGUGGUUAGCAGCUACAAUUUAUCGGCGGAAGCUGUUACGUCAGAAUUACGUGUACCUCUGCGUCACCAGCUUGUUGCUUAGCAACUUGGUCUUUUUGACGUUGAACUUAUGGGAUGAAUUUUCGUCAUAUCUGCUGAAACCCGAAGUGUCAUUGAAUCCCCCGAAUCAGGGACUCCAGGUUUUGUGGGCGUUAUGCCAAUCGGGAUCUGUAGCCAUGCUGUUUGUUAUGUGUGGGAACAUAUUGGCACUUGUGUACGUUCUCUUGGAUUCCGCUUAUUUUCAUCACGCAAGAAACGCACCGGCUGUGGGGAUAGGAAACGAAGAAAACACUGCCAAAAUAUUGCAAGUUAAACGACGCAAGGCAAUUGGCUUAAUAUCCAUCUCAUGGUUCAUCCCUCUAGUGUUGGUUAUCGCUGCAGUUCUUAAGUGGAACUGUGCGGCUAGAUGUCAGUGCAGCCUCGGGGCAAUGGGCGACGUAUGCCCAGUUAGUGAUGGUUGCUCAAGAGUGUGGAGUCCUUUAUUUAAUUCCUAUAUUGGUCUAAACGUUGGUCUUUGGCUGCUUGAGGUUGUUAGCCUGUUCAUCCUGACGUCACGAGGGGUUCUGAAUUUCGUCAGUUUUACCAGAGCACCACCUAUUAGGAGUCAGAUUGCAAGCGAACUAAACGACAGUUUACCUGGUUUAAAUGAGUGCGGUCGGGCCACGACAGACUGUGACGUAGGUAAUGACGUCACAGACGUGAAACAAUCCACAAACGCUGAGAGAUCUCGGCCAAUCGCAAGGCGUGUCACGUGGUUUCAUUUGACUCCAAGGCUUCGAUUAGUGGCUCUGAUUGGCGGAUUGUUUUUCGUUUGUACAUUGCCGCUUGUGAUGACAUUCUUCAUCGAUGUGGGAGGCGCUCAACUAGUUACGCCUGCAGCCCGCGUGACGUCAAUGCUGUGCAUCUACAUCUAUUGUCUCUUGGUUCCUAUUCUCCUUGUAAAAUACAUGGCCAAUCUUAAACUUGCACUGGUCAAGUUACUUACCUUUAUUUUGUGUUGUUUUCAAUGAGUUUGUGCUUCUUAUUGUCGGUGUAUUAAACUGUAAAAUAAAAGAUGCAGAAUA